AUGAGCUCCAGGCACCCACAGCUUCACUUCAUCCUGCUGCUGCUCACAUACUACCGCCCCACCUACAACGCAGCCAAAGGCAGCAAUGGGAUUACAGUCCAGUGCCUCCCUGAUCAGGCUUUGUCUCUACUUCAGCUGAAGCACUCCUUCCACAACCCCGACCUCUCCUCGUGGCAGCAUGGUACGGACUGUUGCCACUGGGAGGGUGUUGGCUGCGACAGGGCCUCUGGUCAGGUGAUCACUUUGGACCUAAGUUAUCGUAGCCUGCAGAGCACCGGUGGUCUCAGCUCAGCGCUAUUCAACCUCACCUCUCUUAGAAGCCUAAGCCUCUCUGGUAACGACUUCAACCAUGCCAGCCUUCCUAGUUUCGGGUUUGAGCGGCUGACCGAGUUACUCAGUCUCGAGUUGUCUGAAACAGGGUUGUCUGGUCAGAUACCUAUUGGAAUUGCGCACCUCGAGAAAUUGCUUACGCUUGAUAUUUCCUACAAUGAUUAUUUGUAUCUUCGAGAGCCACAGUUUCAAACACUCGUAGCAAACCUGACCAAUCUUAGGGAUCUGUAUCUUAAUGAAGUGGACAUCUCCAGCAGUGGACCAACUUGGUCCGUUGCUAUUGCGGACUCUGUUCCUCUACUGCAGAAUCUUGACUUGUCUGGAUGCGAUCUAUCUGGUCAUAUCCAUCAUUCAUUCUCCCGACUCCAUUUUCUAGCAACAAUCAACCUCAGGGCAAAUAGUAUUUCUGAGAUUCCUUCAUUCUUCGCAGAAUUCUCUUUCUUAACCUCUUUUGUCUUCUCAGCAAAUUAUUUGCAAGGACAGUUUCCAACAAAGAUCUUCCUGCUAAAAAAUCUCACAUAUCUUGAUGUGUCCUACAACCCCAGACUUUCCGUGCAACUACCAGAUUUCCCACCAGGAAAAAAUAUUUUGGAACACUUAGAUCUAGAGGAGACAAACCUUUCUAGUGUGAUGCCAGACUCUUUUGUUCAUCUCAAGUCACUGAAAUUCUUGGGCCUUAGCAACAUAGGAUCUCCCAGGCAGACGUUUACUUCCAUUGCUAACCUUACAUCCCUAAAUACAUUGUGGCUGUCGGGAUCAGGAAUAGAGAAGCCAAUGCUCUCUUCGAUUGGCAGCGCUAGGCAUAUGACAGACUUGAUGCUACAAGACUAUAAUUUAUCUGGGCCAAUCCCGUUGUGGAUCAGAAAUUGUACAAAUUUGAUGAGCUUAGAGCUCAUUGAUUGCAAUUUAUCUGGGGCAAUACCCACGUGGAUUGGGAACUUGACCAAGCUUACAAAUUUGGGCUUACAAGAUAAUAGGCUGAGCGGAAAAAUCCCAAAGGUUUUGUUCACUCUUCCGUCAUUGGGAAAACUAAAUUUAUUAUCAAAUGAACUAUGUGGUACCCUAGAAGAUAUUCCAGACCCCUUAUCUUCCUUCCUGUACUACAUCGACAUAAGCUCUAACAACUUGUCAAGUCAUAUACCCAAAUCUUUCUUUGAUCUUAUGAGACUUCAAGUUCUCAUGCUUGACUCAAAUCACUUUGAAGGCACAGUGGAACUUAGCCUUCUUUGGAAGGUGAAGGCAUUGGAUAUAUUGCUGCUCUCCAAUAAUAUGUUAUCAGUCAUAGAUGUUGAGGAUGGCUAUCCAUUUCCUUAUAUCCCACACAUCACAAGACUAGGACUAGCGUCUUGCUACCUUACAAAAAUUCCAGUCGCAUUGAGAUAUACAAAUGAGUUGUUUUUGUUGGACCUUUCACAUAACCAAAUAGAUGGAGCCAUACCAAGUUGGAUCUGGGUGAAUUGGAAGGAUACCAUGUCCUGGCUGGACCUCUCAAACAAUAUGUUCACUAGCCUUGAAAACUCUCCAUCUGUCGUUCAUAUGCACAAUUUAGGAUAUCUCAAUCUUAGUUCCAACAAACUGCAUGGCAGUGUACCUAUACCACUCACAGCUAGCAAUUCCAUGGCUUUUUUAGAUUACUCAAACAAUAGCUUCACUUCUAUUAUACAUGACUUUGGUCGGUACCUUCCCUACAAGACCACCUACCUUGAUUUGUCCAGGAAUAAAUUAAGUGGUCACAUACCAAGGUCUAUUUGUACCCAACAAGAUCUUGAGAUACUGGACUUAUCAUACAACAAUUUCAGCGGUGUGGUGCCAUCCUGUCUAAUGCAAGGUAGCAAUAGCUUGAGUACAUUGAAAUUGAGAGAGAAUCGUUUCCAUGGGAUGCUGCCUGAAAAUAUUGGAGAAGGAUGUAUGCUUCAGACAAUAGAUUUGAACAACAAUCUAAUUGAAGGGAAAAUACCCAGAUCACUAUCAAAUUGCCAAGGCCUAGAACUCUUUGAUGUUGGUAACAAUCAAAUUAUCGGUUCUUUUCCAUCUUGGUUGGGUGUUCUUCCACGUCUUCGAGUUCUUGUCUUGAGAUUCAACCAACUAAACGGCACCAUAAGGGAUUUUAAAGGCGAUCAUACAAUCAACAACUACUUUGCAAAUUUGCAAAUACUUGAUUUGGCCUCCAACAACUUCUCUGGAAACCUACCAGAAGGAUGGUUUAAUGAACUGAAAGCAAUGAUGGAAAAUGUCAGUGAUGGGGGAGAAGUUCUAGGACAUGAGACAUAUUCAGGUGCACGAUUUUAUCAAGAUACUGUUACCAUAACAUUCAAAGGGUUUGAUCUUAGUUUCACCAAAAUCUUAAGCACUUUCAAUGCAAUAGAUUUCUCAAAUAACUCAUUUGAUGGUCCUGUUCCGGAGUCAAUUGGGAGGCUUGUUGCCCUGCGCGGACUUAACAUGUCAUACAACAACUUCAUGGGACAAAUUCCAUUUCAGUACAGAAACUUGUCUCAGCUGGAAGCAAUGGAUCUCUCUUGGAACCAGAUAACAGGGGAAAUACCACAGGAGUUAACCUCACUUACUUCUCUUGAAUGGUUGAAUCUUUCGUACAACAACUUGUAUGGAAGAAUCCCGCAAGGAAACCAGUUCUCAACAUUUUCAGACAGUUCAUUUGAAGGUAAUGCAGGUCUCUGUGGAGUUCCACUCUCCAAACACUGUGACAAUCAAAGUUCAAUUUCUCCAACUGGAGUGGCUCCUCCGGAAUCUGAGGGUUUGUGGCAGGACAAACUCGGCAUUAUCCUUUUUUUCGCAUUUGUUGGCUUGGGAUUUGGAGUCGGCUUUGCAUUGUCAUUCUUGUUGCGACUGUAUUGCCGCGUGGAAGGAUGGAUCUGCAAGCAAGCAUGGAUCCAUAUGUAA